AGUCUUUUGAAUACACCAUUACACACUUGACCACAGCUGUGUAAGGUCAAAUGUAAGUUUAUUCAGGUGUCAAGCACACACACGGACACCCACACUCACGUCAUUGUUUACACACAUGGUUUCUGUAUUUACAGACGAGCUAUUCAUACUGCAUGCCUAAUCCAGUUAGUAGAAAAUCCAUUAAUUGUAUUUCCACUUGUACUCAAAUGCCAAAAUGAAUGCGAACCCGCUUUUGUGUUAUUUCAUGCUUAAUAGCCACUUAUAAAUCAUGAAGUGUACAUUCAAUUUGAAAUGAAGUCUCCAUCAGCCCCGGCAGCUCUCAUGUAUUAAUAGAACACAGUCAUGAUAUGAUUCACGUCCCUCCCCCACCCUGCCCUAGUUUCCAUUCCCAGCUAUGCGGUGCACCCUGUCACACGCUCUCAGCAACCAAAACAACACUCCACAUUUUCAGGCACUAGCAGUUCGAAGACACAUUGUGGGGCAAGAGAGACAUGACAACAGCAUAGUCUGCAGCUAUCAUUCAAAGGGAAUACUAAUUAGCUAAACUCAAGAUAUUAGUCACGGUCCUGUUGAUACGGUCUUCCUUGGUAGAAGAAGGCUGUUUGAUGUUUCUAGCUGCUUUUUUUAUGUCUGGAUUUCAAAUUAAUGUCAGUCUAGGAAAAUAGGCUGCAUGAAUAACAAAAAGGCAUGGCUUCCCUAGGAAAUGUGUUUGUUAUCUAUAUUUCAGCUGAUUAUUAUCUAUGAUUUAUUAGUAAAAUGGAGGCGGGAGAUGAUGAUGAUGAUGAUGAUGAUGAUGAUGAUGAUGAUGAUGAUGAUGAUGAUGAUGAUAACGUGUGGAACGCAUCAGCUGUUAUUCUGGACAUUGACUCAGGAUCCUGGGCAGACCGCUCUCCCCUCCAUGACGCUGCCUGUCAGGGCCGCCUCCUGGCCCUGAGGACCCUCAUUUUACAGGGUCACAGCGUGAAUGUUAUGACCAUAGAUCAUGUGACACCCCUUCACGAGACCUGUCUUGGCAACCAUGUUGCUUGUGCCAGAGCUCUCAUUGAUGCAGGAGCAAAUGUCAAUGCUUCCACAAUUGAUGGAGUCACCCCUCUGUUCAAUGCCUGUGCAGUGGGCAGUGUGGCAUGCACUGAAAUCCUUUUGGAAAAUGGAGCAAAACCCCAGAGUCUUGUCCACCAACCCUCACCCAUACAUGAAGCAACCAGCAAAGGUCAUUAUGGCUGUGUGGAGGCUCUGGUAACUUGGGGGGCUGAUGUGGACAUGGACAUUCCUCACCUGGGAACAGCGCUUUACACUGCCUGCAUUUGCCAAGAGCUGGAGUGUGCCAGGAAGCUUUUGAGGGAAGGUCAGCUCGCAGCACUGUGUGCAAACGUGCAGAAAGGCAGAUCCCUGGAUUCACCUUUACACGCAGCAGCAGAAAAAGACUGCACAGCGGUGGCGAAGCUGCUGCUGGACUUUGGUGCAGACAUUAAUGCCAGAAACACUGAGUUCCAGAGGCCAGUAGAUGUAGCUCCACCCAGCAGUCUAACAGAGGGCUUUCUGCUGCUUUAUGAAGCUACACCACGAUUCCUGAGCCAGUUGUGUCGGAAUUGCAUCAGAAACUGCGUUGGCCGUGACAGACUCCACCUGCUUUCACAUCUCCCCCUCCCCAACAGGAUAAAGAACUACUUGCAGUAUCAGUGACUUGCAGAACCAAUAAACAAUGCACCUAAAUGGAA